CUUUCCCUCGCACCCUCAACUCAGCAUGUCAGACAUUGCAGAUGACGAGUACUGCCGCCGCCUGCCCAAGGUCGAGCUCCACGCCCAUCUAAGCGGCAGCGUGACGCCUGCCGUCCUGCAAGAAAUAUGGGCGGACCUGCCCGCGGCCGAGCGCGCCUCCCUCACGCCUCCGCUCGAAGCGCUCGCGGACCCCACAGGCGCGCAGGGGAUACGUACGUUCUUCGCGCACUUCAACACGUACAUCUACCGCCUGCUCUGUACGCCCGGUGCGCUGGCGCGCGCGACGCGCGCCGUCCUGCGCGGCUUCGCGGACGACGGCGUCGUCUACCUCGAGCUGCGUACGACGCCGCGCGCGCUCCCCGGCGCGCCGGCAGACGUGGGCGUCCGCGUCGUCUUGGACGUCAUCGAAGAAUGGAACCGCGCAGAGUCCAUGCCCGUGCGCCUCAUCCUCUCGGUCGACCGGGCGAAGCACGGGCCGGCGGAAGCGGAGGCGAUCGUCGACCUCGCGCUCGCGCUGCGCGCCGAAGGCCGGCCCGUCGUCGGCCUCGACGUGUGCGGCGACCCGGCGGCGCCGCGCCCCGUAGCCGCCCUCCGGCCGGCGUUUGCGCGCGCGCGCGCCGCGCACCUCCCCUGCGUCCUGCACUUUGCCGAGAUUCCCGCGUCGACGGCCGAGCUCCACGAGCUCUUGGACUGGCGGCCGCGGCGGGUGGGCCACGCGAUCCACACGCCGCCCGAGAUCGUGGAGCGCAUCGUGCGCGAGCGCGUCGGCGUAGAGAUGUGUCUCUCGUGUAAUGUCCUCGCGGGCAUGUUGCCGUGCGCCGAGCGCGCCGACGCGCGGCCGGGGAUUGCAGACCACCACUUCGGCGAGUGGUGGCGCCGCGGCGGGGCGAUUUGUCUUGGCACGGACGAUAUUGGGGUAUUCGCGAGUAGCAGUUCGGAGGAGCAUGCGCAUGCCGCGCAGCACUUUGGGCUCGGGCGCGCGGACUUGCUCGAGCUGAGCAGGCGGGCGGUCGCGGGCGCGCUGGACGAGACGCAGGGCCCGAGGGUGGAGAGGUUGUUAAGAGAGUUUGCGGAGAGGGAGGGCGUCGAGUGGGCUUACGGGGUACAGUCAUGGCAAGAGUGUAAUGCAUAA